UCACGUGACUCCGCUGCAUCUGCGCAGCUCGAGCGACUGGAACGGUACCGACUCACUUGACAAACCGCUCCGUUUACCGGCCCAGCAGCGCGAUCCUCCGGUCCGUGACGCGUCCAGCAGCGGCAGCAUCAUGUCGGCGGUGCAGCGGAUGAAGGUGGCGAACGAGAAACACAGCAAGACGAUCACACAGAGAGGACACGUGCAGAAAACCACGCGUGUGGUGAAUGAAGAGAAGUCUCCGGUGGGCCCGUGGCUCCUCGCACUCUUCGUGUUUGUGGUCUGUGGAUCAGCCAUCUUCCAGAUCAUCCAGAGCAUCAGACAGGGGAUGUAAACACAGAGACGAACAUGGCCGCCGCUGUCAGACAUCUGCAAACGCCACUCACUGAUCUUCCACUGCUGUUCAUCUGUUAGUUUACAGCUUAUUUUAAUAUUGUGUGUGUGUGUGUGUGUGUGUGUGCAUGCGUGCGUGCGUGCGUGCGUGCUUGCGUGCGUGCGUGCGUGUGUAUUUGUGUUGGACUGUCUCAAGCUUGUGAAGGUUGAAUGUUCCAGAAAUGUUUAUGAUAUGUGUCAUUUGUUUGUGUUGGGUCAAGUUCUAAAAGUAAUAUAAUGCAAUCUUAAGGCACUUGAAAAAAAAAGUUAUGAAUGUGUUACUUAGAUCACUAUACACUACCUGACUGAAGUCCUGUCACCUGUCCCAGUUUAAGGAUGAACAAAUAAUAAGUUGACUUCUAGUUAAUGAUUUGGUGUCAGAAGUCUCACUUAUGAAAGGUAAAUGCAGGACUCGCAGAGUUCAUCAAGAUUCUUAGUGUUCAUCUUCAAUGCCUCCUCCUUCAUUUUAAUAAUGUUCAUAUCUGGUGACUGGGCUGGCCAAUCCUGGGGCAGCUUGACGCGGAGCUUUCAGGAGCUUUGAUGUGGAGGCUGAAGUAUGAGAAGGAGCGCUAUCCUGCUGGAGAAUUGUCCCUCUCCUGUGGUUUGUAAUGUCUUGAUACCUCAGGCUGUUGAUGUUGCAGAUCUCUCGCACGCCCUCAUACUAAAUGUAACCCCAAACCAUGAUUUCACCUUCACCAAACUUGACUGAUUUCUGUGAGAAUCUUGGUCCAUGUGGGUUCCAGUAGGUGUUCUGCAGUAUUGGUGAUGAUUGGGAUGCAGAUCAACCACUUUUCCAAACGAUCAACUUGAAGUCAGGUUAUUAUUUGCUGCUCUUAACUCUGGGAUCCGCCACAAGACUUUCGUCAGGUAGUGUAUACUGCAUACCUGCAGGUCAGCUGUGUUCAUAUAUUGUCCACCAUACACACAACUCCUUAUCUUUACUGAUUUUUACUGUAUUGUAAUGUUUUUAUAAACGGAUCGGUGAAGCUUUAUUGUGAAAAGCAGCAUACAAAUAAACUUGAAGUGAAUUAGUUGCUUUUAAGGAGAGUGAUGUGAUUGUAUGUGUUGUUGUUUUUGCGCUGUUUUUAUUUAUUUAUUGUCUUAAUGUUAAGAUUGUAGGGUAUUGCUUUUAACAGUAACUUUACCCGACACGGUUGGCUACAAAAGUGUGUUUUCUGUGUCACCCGAUGCUCUGAUCUGACCCUGGUUUCACUGUCAGCUUUCCACUGAUUUGAUCGACUGGUUUUCUGUAAACUCUGAGAAACGGCCGUGUGUGAAUUCAGCCAUCGUUAGCCAUAAAUGAUUCUGUACGCCGUCUCUCUUCCUCCCUCUGACAGGAAAUUGAUGCUGUGUAAUAAUGAUUUUAUACAAAUAAAAAAUAUUUUCUCUA